CGCUGCGAGAGCGAGACGGACUGGAGACACUUGAAAGUGGAGGACAGAUAGCCAUCUUCGUCAUUAUGUCCCUUCGUCCAAACCUCUGGAGCUGUGAUCCUUUCAUUGCCCGAGAUGCUGCUGUAUUUCUCAGAUCGGCGCAUCCCCGAGCUUCCGGCGAAAACCGCGACACACUGAUGCUCCGAGCCGGCAGGAUGGACGAGUUUGUGACGGAAGAAGAUGAGCCGUGGUACGACCAGAGAGACCUGGAGCAAGAUCUGCACUUGGCAGCUGAGCUGGGGAAAACCCUGCUGGAGCGCAAUAAGGAGCUGGAGGACUCGCUGCAGCAGAUGUACAUCAACAACGAGGAGCAGGUGCAGGAGAUCGAGUAUUUGACCAAGCAGAUGGAGAUGUUGCGUGAGAUGAACGAGCAGCACGCUAAAGUGUACGAGCAGUUGGACGUGACGGCUCGAGAGCUGGAGAUAACCAAUGAGAAGCUGGUGCUGGAGAGCAAAGCUUCUCAGCAGAAGAUUGACCGGUUGACCAGUACUAUGGAGAUGCUGCAGGGGCAGGUGGACACGCUCACCGCUCGCGUGGAGGAAUUGCGCACUUUGGAAGAGCUCAGAGUUCGCAGAGAGAAGAAAGAGAGGAGAAAGACCGUGCACUCGUUCCCAUGCCUUAAAGAGCUCUGCACCGCUCCUAGGUACGAGGAUGGAUUCAUGGUGUCUGACCCGGGCAGCGGCGACCUACAAGAAUGUCAGCCCGCUGACGAAGAGAACGAACAUCUGCGCGUGAUGGUGUCAUCUCUGCGUGCCGCCGUGGCGGCCGAACGCGGACGGCGAGAGGCCGCCGAGCGGGAAUGCGGCGCGGUGCUACAGGAGUUUGAACGGUUGGAGCAGCGCCUCAUGGGGGCCGAAAAUUGCCAGCGGCGCGUGCACGAGCUGGAGGCGGAGCUCCAAGAGAUGCAUCAGCUCCGCAAGUCCAGAGCGUGUCUCCUGAGCGGAGACGAGGGCCUGGAGCAGACGCUGCUCAACUGCGCCCCCGAAACGGACACCCCGGACGACGCGGUCAUGGCUGGAACGCAGAACGGGGACGCGAACGAUGGAGCGGCCCCCGUCCGGAAGAGUUGCAGUGACACGGCUCUGGAUGCUAUCUCUGCGGUCGACGCCUCGGGGAGACGCAAAGGGAGCUACGCGCUUCACGCCAACGGCGUCCGGAAGAGGGGCAUGUCCAUCCUCAGGGAGGUAGAUGAGCAGUAUCACGCCCUUCUGGAGAAGUACGAGGAGCUGCUCGGGAAGUGCCGGCGCCACGAGGAGAGUCUAUGCCACGCUGGGGUGCAGACCUCCCGGCCCGUGUCCAGAGACCCGUCCAUGAAGGAAUGCCGGGCCGCUGAGCCCCAGCAGCCACCCACUCCACCUCAGACGCCCUCGACUCCAGAGGCGCUUGAGGGCAUCAGCCGGCAGGUGGAGGCUGUGGACAAGCGGCUGAGCCAAAACACGCCAGAGUAUAAAGCCCUCUUCAAGGAGAUCUUUUCCCGCUUACAGAGAACCAAGAGCGACAUAAACUCCACCAAAGGGAGGAAAAGCGGAAAAUAGCCUAUUUUGCUCUUAACAUUUGUGCCACUGAUUUCUUUCCCUGUCUUUCAUGUAAUGUCUUACUUUUUUUCUUUUGGGAAACUAAGAGUCGUUGAGAUACAUCUGCUAUUUAGUACAGCUCAUCCAUUAAUUAUUUGGUGCCACAUAGCGAGACCAAUGGUGGUUUUCUGGAGGUUUCGAGUCUAAUGCGCUUUCGCCGCCUUUCAGGGUAGACCAUAUUACUCAGUUUAACUGUAACCAUAAUCACCCUAAAGAUGAUCAAGCACAGGAAGACAUGAUUCUUGUCAUUGCUGAUUUCCUUUUAUCACGUGUAUUACAUGUUAUGAAUAACCACAGCAUUGUGUAACCACUUUUGUUCAAUAUUAAAUCACACUUUGCUUUGA